CCGGCCUUCGCUGUUUUUUGGGGUCACAUCGUGUCUUCGCGCUUUCUCCCUCUCAUUCGUUUCUAGGGUUUCGUUUCUUGGAUCCCCGCGGAAUUUCCCAGCUUGAUUCAGUUUAUUUAGGAGAGCCAGCGAUUUUUCUACUGGAUUGGAUAUGGGAAACUGCCUAUUAAGGCAUAAAUAUGAUUCAGACAAUGAAGAAAAGCUAGAAUUUGGUGGGGGAAAUGUACAUGUCAUAACUAGCAAAGAAAGCUGGGAUGAGAGGAUAUCUGAAGCAAAUAAGGAUGGAAAGAUAGUUGUCGCGAAUUUCAGUGCAACUUGGUGUGGACCAUGUAGAAUGAUUACACCUCUUUUUGCAGAGUUAUCUGAAAAAUAUCCUUCACUCGUAUUUUUGACAGUUGAUGUUGAUGAGUUAAUGGAUUUCAGCUCUUCAUGGGAUAUCCGAGCAACUCCAACCUUCUUCUUUCUUAAAGAUGGGCAGCAGCUGGAUAAGCUCGUCGGAGCAAACAAACCGGAACUUCAGAAAAAGAUAAUCAUGUUAUCGGAAUCCUACAAACCCUGCCUGUGAUUUAUUAUCAGUCUGUAAAUCUUCAUCUUAUCUGUCCAAUGUCAGUGUUGAUAAAAAAAUGAUGGUCAUUUUGCAUUAUAGUUUGCACUAGUUUCUUGGUUUUGAUCUUGUAAUCACUGAUUGUUGCAAAAUAACUUGUAAUUUUUAUCCUUUUUUUUCCUUUGAAACAAGAAUGUAUUGAGGUGUGAAUCAUCAAAAUUGAUUAUUUUCUUUGAUGAAAAUGAAUUCUUUAACAUUUA